AUGCGCAUUAACCCUAGCGCAACUACAAAUGCACUACAACAACUCAACACACUUACGUCUGGAACUAACAACGCAGGAGUCCAAACCCGCAGUUGGAAUCCUAAUGUUGCUCCCAUCAAACUCAACAACAUGCAAGGAGGGAUUACCCUCAAGAUCCGGCACCCUCCCAUGUCUGAGUUCUCCAAUGUCCCUAUCACGCCCAGCAACCCCAAUAGCUCCAAUGUCCCUAUCACACCCAGCAACCCCAAUAGCUCUGACAACACUGUACCUAGCACAUACAACUUCUUUGACAGUCCCUCCACCGUACUACCCACCAAUACCAGCACCCUGGACCUUACCUACUUGAUGGUCACCCCAACAACACCCAAACCAACCAUCAACAAACUUUGCAAACAAUUCAAACAGCUAUACCUCAAUGAACCAUUGAUCCCCAAACAGCCAAACCCCACCUUGGCGUUGUCCGGAGAUAUGGAACCAACGUGGACGUUCAUCAACAAUGAACCGCCAACGCCAACAACCAACAGUCCUACCGUUGCAGAGGCGCUAUCCAGGCCAAAUGCAGAGGAAUGGUGGAAGGCAAUGGCCAAGGAGGUCAGCACCCUCAAACAAAUGGGAACGUACAAACUAACAGACUUACCACCCAAACGCAAGGCAAUGGGGAACAAAUGGGUCCUUGUACUCAAGCAUGACAAGAACAGCACACCCAUCCAACACAAGGCAAGACUUGUAGCCCAAGGAUUUAGUCAGCAACCCAGCAUUGAUUUUGACAAGACAUUUGCACCCAUUGUACAUCUUGAUUCAAUCCGUACACUCAUAUCAAUUGCUAACCAGUACAAUUGGGAUAUACAACAGCUUGAUGUAAACUUGGCUUACCUACAUGCCAAAGUUGACAAAGAUUUAUACAUGCAGCAAAUCCCUUAUUUUAGCAACAGUACAAACAAAGUGUUAAAAUUAAAGCAAUCAAUUUACGGACUGAAACAAGCAGGACGGAUGUGGAAUAAACUAUACAACACAAAGCUGAAAGCAAUUGGAUACACACCAUGCUUUACCAACGCAUGUGUAUACCACCAAAUCAACAACAUUAACGGUGAGCUGUGUGUGUCAAUCAUAGCUACACAUGUUGACAAUUCAAUUGUCAUAUCAUUGCCAAACCACUCUGAUAUUACAAUAUCCAAACUCUUGCGCACAUUUGACAUGCGCAACCUUGGACCAAUACAUCACUUCCUUGGAAUAGCAUUCCAACGCAAUUGUAAGAAUGGCUUCAUCACACUCAACCAAGCAGCAUAUAUUAACUCACUAGUUGAUUAUGCAGGCCUUGCAGAAGCUUACCCUGCCAACACUCCUUUUAGCCUGACCAUACAACUCACUCAAUACAAAGGAGUCAAACCAAAGUUCAAUUAUGGUACAUACAUUGGUCAGCUACUGUAUGCCGCCCUAUGCACAUGA